AUGUCUGAAACCAAGGCUUCGGGCUCCGCGAGUGCGGAGCAACAGGCGGCAUUCGGAUUGACACCGGUGAUCCGGCAACCGGAUGCCAGACAACGUCGAGUACGGUCGUCAACGGCAUCGACGACAUCUUCAGUGCGUGAUCGCAGAGCUAACCUAAAAAUACAGAUGCUGGAGGAGCAGAAAAACAGGCAGCUAGAACGGCUGAAGCAGGAAACAGAAAUAGAAGAGAAGUUUGUGCAGGAAAAAUAUCGUGUUCUGGAAGAACAACUUGGAGAAGAAGACGAUAUUGUUUCCAGUGUGAGCCAUGCAGCAGACCGUGUGGCCAGCUGGGUCACACAUCACAAUGUCGAGAGUCACCGAGAAGGUGAUGUUACAAAGGAGAUCCGACGGAUGAGAACCGAGCUAGAACAGCCAAGGCCGGAAAUCGCUGAAAUGCGAGAAAAUGCUCUACCCACAAGCGUCGGCGUAGAAGCAUCAUCAUGGACGCUCACCAAGGAGCAAAAAGCAGCUCGACAGUCAUUGCCGAAGGAUCUGCCGGAUUUUAGCGGUGAUCCCGCAGAAUGGCCAACGUUUAUUAGCAGUUUUAACUUCUCCACCAACGCGUGUGGUUUUCAAAAUGGCGAAAAUAUGAUUCGUCUGCAAAGGUGUUUGAAAGGGGCAGCGAAAGAAGCAGUUCGAGGCCGUCUUCUACUCCCCUCAUCAGUUCCAAGUGUCAUUCAUGUUCUACAGAGACGCUUUGGACGUCCCGAAUUGCUAUUGGACGUUCUGAUCGAUCGCGUUAGAAAAACCCCAUCCCCUCGAGCCGAUGACCUGGAGAGCCUAAUCGAAUUCGGAGAAGUGGCGCAGUCACUCUGCGAACACGUACGGUCGGCGGGUAUGGUCGAACAUCUAAAAAACCCAAUGCUGAUCACCGAACUCGUAGAAAAGUUACCUUGCGAGUAUCGUAUGCAGUGGGCACGGCGUAUUCGUGACGGUACCAGUAGCCUCGCGUCGUUUGCUCAUUUCAUGGAAGACGUAACGGAAGACGCAAUAUCAGUAACGCGCAUACCACGAAAAACGGCGGAGCGAACGACAGGCAGUGUUAGGCAGCAAACGCAUCAAACAAAGGAAGACGGUGCAAGGCACACGCCGAAGACCACCAACACAAAGGCUACCUACACCAGCAGCAAGUUCAGUGCUCCACAACAAUGUGCGAUGUGUGCCGAGCAUCAUCGAACGUUUCAAUGCGACGAACUGGCAGCUUUACCCGUGCAAAAACGACGGGAAGUAGUCACACAAAAAAAACUGUGUUGGAAUUGUUUAAGUGUUGGUCACCAAGUGAAAUUCUGCAAAUCGAAACACGUUUGCCGGGUGUGUUCCCAGAAGCAUCAUACAUUGGUACACGAAAACAAGUCCAUUCCUGAACCAACAGGAACGAAUGCCAGCCUAUCGGCUCGAGUGUAUGCCAGCACGGUGUUACUAGAAACGGUAACCGUCUGGGUACUGGAUCGGUACGGAAACCGCCAUCACGCUCGUGCGCUAUUAGAUUCGGCAUCAAUGUGCAACUUUAUGUCGAAAAGGUUGGCUGCAAAACUCCAGCUUCGCUGGUCAAAAACUAAUACACAGAUAGUAGGCAUCGCAGAAAGCAUGCAUCGGGUGAAAUAUGAGACCCACGCAACUAUUCAUUCGAAGGUGAAUUCGUUCUACAGCACAGAGAACUUUUACAUAAUGGAGAAACCAACAUCUGAUUUACCAUCAAGUGUCAUCAGUACAAGCAGUCUAAAGCUACCCGACGUAGAAUUGGCUGAUCCAACGUUUUACAAACCGGCUCCGAUCGACAUGAUCAUUGGAGCAGAACAUUAUCAACAACUAUUCACCGGGAAACGGAUUCAUCUAGAAGCUGGGGAUCCGCUGCUAGUGGAAACGAUGUUUGGCUGGGUCGUGUGUGGACCUCUGCGAGAGGCACUUCCAACCAAAUCGUUAGCUUGUCAUGUGACAACAGUCGGUCUCGAAAAUGUGCUACAAAGGUUUUGGCAACUCGAUGCAGUCCCGGAACAAUCAUACCAACCCAACACAGAAUGUGAAGCGCAUUACAAUGCCACAGUUAUUAGAGAACCAUCGGGAAG